CGGGAAUUGCCAGAUUAUGUUGGUAUUGGGUCGAAUCUUAUCUCUAAGAGUCAAACGUUAAUCAUGCUUUCUUCAUCAUCUUCCAAACCACCGACGCAGCAACUGCUACAGUCUGCAGACCUCAUUUCACAGGGCGCUGAAGCUAAAGUUUAUAAAGCAUAUUUGCGUCAAGUUUCGACAUCGUGUCUUGGCCCUGAUCACGGUGCAGUUCUUGAGGCGCUGGAGCCGGUUCUCUUGAAGUACCGGUUCCACAAGCACUACCGCCACCCGUCACUUGAUGCAUCACUCACCCGGCAACGCAUAGCCGGUGAAGCCCGCGCGUUGAUGAGAUGUAUGCGGUCCGGUGUUGCUGUACCCGGAAUCAGGAUGGUGGAUGUGAACGAAGGUGUACUGGGUAUUGAGUGGAUAGAUGGCAAGAGCGUGCGUCAACUUCUACCCGGUGGAGCUGAACUCGAGGACAUCAGCGAGCUUGAAGAGGCGGAUGAGAUGGAUGAAAUCCAUGAAAAUGGCGCUGCAGACCCAAUCGCUGAUUAUGGAGUUUCUCGAGAUGCCCUGAUGGUUAUGAUCGGUGUUGAGAUCGCAAAGAUGCACUUGGCCGACAUAAUCCAUGGUGAUCUGACGACCUCGAACAUGAUGUUGAGGAAACAAACAAAUGAUUUGGUUCUUAUAGAUUUUGGACUCGCCUAUCAUUCUACUCUCGUAGAGGAUAAGGCUGUAGACCUUUAUGUCCUGGAACGCGCCUUUGCCUCAACUCAUCCUGACUCAGAGCCACUGUUUGCAGGUGUGUUGAGCGCGUAUGAGAAGCGCAUGCGCAAACAUUGGCUGCCAAUUAAAAAGAGAUUAGAUGAUGUGCGACUGAGAGGCAGGAAACGGAGUAUGGUUGGUUAGCAUACAUACUGGACUGUCUCAAAAAUGUGUGGGUGAGUUCAAAUAAAGGCUAAUAGCUCUUUGAUGUGCUAGAUCGGACCAAGGUGAUUAUUCACCAGUCCUGUCAGGUUUGAUUCGUGUUUGAACACGAGCACGUCUUUUGGGGCUGAA